CAGUUUUUUUAUUAUUAUUAUUAUUAUUAUUAUUAUUAUUAUUAUUAUUAUUAUUAUUAUUAUUAUUAUUUUACAAUAACCAGAGAGAAAGAUGGAACUUGAACUUCUCUUGUGGUUUCCAGAAUCGUAUUUGAAUUUCUGAUGAACUGGCAGCUACAGGAAGUCAUACUGUACUUAGUUCUGUGACUUACCAUAAACACCCCGGCUUAACCAAUACAAUGACAUUGUGCCCUUUUAUGAUGCGGGAGAGGUUGUGUAAUAACAGAAUUCUUGUGUGCAUAUGGAGCAGGUAAUAACUUACAUCCUGAGCUUCCUGCAAGGGCCAGACAGAAAGGAGGCCUCACUGGUCUGCAAGAUCUGGUACUUAGCUUCCCAGGACUGGCAGUUUAAGAAGAAGCUCACCUACAGGUUCCGCGCCUCCUCUGUCUCCCUGGAUGGCAUCAGAUGCCUGGGCCGGUACCCCUGCUACAGUGUGGCCAUCAGCCACCUGGACAGUUCUUCCUUCUCCAAAGCCAUUCUCCAGCAGGUGGCCCUCCAUCUGGGACCCCGGCUAGAGAGCCUGUCCCUGCGGGGCAGCAGCAUCACAGAGUCCUCCUUCCUGGCCGUGGCACCUCACCUCCCCGCCCUCCGUAGGCUGGACCUGAGCCGCUGCGACAGCCUCUUCAUGUCGGGCACAUUGCUAUCGAAAGAGGAGAGCAGGCAGGCGGUCGGGGCUGCCCUGGAGAACCUGGAAGAGCUGGACCUCUCCAGCCUGCGCUUCCUCUCUGACCUCACCUUCAAUCGGCUGACAGGGUGCUUGCCAAACCUGCGGAGGCUGUCCCUGGCUGGCUGCCACAUCGCCUUCCAGAUCGACCCCUACAGAGGCUCCAGUGCGGGCUACAACUCCACUGCCAUGCUCUCCCUGAAGAACCUCCACAGGUUCCUAUCGGAGCGGGCCCCGAGCUUGAAGGGGCUCAAUCUGGGUCGGACUGGCAUGACGCCCGAGGCUCUCAGAUCCCUGGUUGACGUGAGGGGCCUCUGCUUAGAGGAGCUCACCCUCCAGGGUUGCAAGGAGCUCACAGACCAGGCCAUGGCUGCCCUCUGGAAGUGGCAGCCUGACUUGAAAACCCUGGACCUCAGCUUCUGCACGGAGCUGUCCGACAAGACCUUGCUGGCCAUUUCUUCCAAUCUCAAGGAGCUCCAGUGUCUGAACCUAGCAAAGAACAGGAGAAUUACAGACAGUGGCCUCUUGGACCUCAUGGAGCUGAAAUGUCUGCAGUCCCUGGACUUCUCUGAGUGCAGCAAUGUGAGCGGGGGCGAGCUGGUCAAAGGACUGUGUUCCCCUGUAGCUCAGGCCAGGCUGGUAUCGCUCAGCUUCAACAGCUGCACACUCAUCACGGACCUCACCAUGUUCUCAUUGGCCCAGCUGCUGGGCCCUAGUCUGCGGGUGCUGGACCUCACUUCCUGUCUGUACCUAACAGACCUGAGCGUGCGCGCUAUCGCCACCUAUCUGCCGGGCCUGGUGGUGCUGCGGCUGGGCUGGUGCAAGGAGAUCAGUGACUGGGGGCUGCUGGGACUGGAGGAGCCCACCAAGGAGUGUAAGCCUGAUAAGGAGAAGGACGACAAGGGACCCAAAUUCAGCUGUAAUUUCGGAAACAUGGGCUUCUUCUCCCCUCCCAAGAAGUACUUGGAGGAGAAGCCUCGGCGGGUGACGAAGCAGGACCUGGUGGAGUUUCGGGAGAGGGAGGGGGCCUCUCUGCUUGCCCUCCGAGACCUCCAGGAACUCAACCUGACUGCCUGCACCAAGCUGACAGACGCCAGCAUCACCCAGGUGCUUCGAUUCCAGGACCUGCGGACCCUGUCUCUGUCCACGCUGAGCGAGAUCACUGACAGCAGCCUGGUCUCGGUGGCCUCUCACUGCCGUGGUCUGACCCGCCUGAACCUCAGCCACUGCCCCAAGCUGACCGACCACGGGCUGUCCAUCGCCGCACGCAGCCUCCAUCGACUGCAACACCUCCAACUCUCCUGCUGCGACAAGAUCACUGACCGGUCCCUGGCCCUGCUGGCGGAGGAGUGCAAGGCGCUCAAGAGCCUGGACGUGUCCAUGUGUAAAGAGGUUUCCAUGGCAGCGAUCAAGCUCCUCCAAUCACAGCUCCCCAGCCUGGAGAGCAUCCACACUAUUUUUGUGGGCGGGGCUGACCUUUCCUUCACCCUCUGAGGAGGACACCGGUCACUGGAAAGAGAGGAGCCCAGGGUCCAGACAGGCUGCAGGGGAACCUGGACGUACCCCACCUACUGGAACUGCACAGCUGCUUGCUGGGUGUUAGGGGACUGGGGUGCUGUGCUGUUGGUGUAUUGGAGUAAUCCAGAGUAACCCCAGCCUCCAUAAUCUAUCUGGAAUUAUAUAUGGCUUUACAAGCGCAGCACUGAUAUAUAAAAAAAGGAAUUUUCUACUGCCGCAAUACACUUGCAGGAAGCAUCCAGCUUCCCCCGUGGUGCUGAGAGGACACUAUUCAAAUCACAUCUCCUUUUGUUCAGUAUACCAAACAUUUUUCAUUUGAAAUUGCCCACGCAAACCUGGUCUCAGGACAGAGGAGGUUAAGUGCUUAAAUAGAUGUCUUUACAAAGCAUUAUUAUUCCAGGAAUGAGAAGUAAUAAUUUAAAAAAGAAACAUAUCUUUCAGGGAUGUAAAGAGAAUUGGGGUUUACU